GCGGUGAACAGGGAAGCAUCAAGCCUGAAAGAACUAGUGGCAAAACAGAGCAGCUUCUCAGUCUACAAGCAUCACUUCUGGAUACAGGGUCUAUUGUAAGGAACACUCGUCUCAAUGCCAGGAGGAAGACCAUUAUGAUAACUUGGCCUGAGGAAUCCUUCUCCUUAGCUGAGCCAAGCAUCUUAUGCAUGGACCUAGCUGUGAAGGCUUUUUACAUGUAAGAAGAACAUUUAACCAAGUUUAUUGGUCAUUUAUAGAUUUGCAAGAAGAAGCAAGAUUACACUCCAUGUCAGUGCCAUUGCACUUUGCACAUGUUGAUUGUUGAAGUGUGAAAAAGCGAAGUGUGAUCACAUUGAAAGAACACAUUGCCAGGAGUACCUUUCAGAAUAUUUUGGAGAAUCUAAGAGUAUAUUACAGCUGAACAUGUCUGACCAAGAGAUUGAUGACUUUGAUGUAGACACCAUGUCAGACACCUCAAGAAUGAUCCCGGGGCUCCCCCCUUAUAAUAUGGAAGACCAGCUCUUGCCCAUGGAGUCUCGGAGCAGGUGGGGGUGCUGGAUUUGGACUUUGUUUGUUUCUGGAGCCAACUUUUUGGCUUUUCUUGUUAACAUAAUCAUCCUGGCUGUCAUAUUCACCAUCGUUUUGACUCCAACCAUCGUAGUGGUUUAUUUCGGAUUUAAAUGCCAUUCAAGGGUCCUUCAUUCUGAUGCCUCCUACUGCAAGACCCUUCUAGAUGACAACAGCUCCUCUGCCCUCAUCAUUCUGGGUUUUGUGAUGAUGUCUCCACUCAUUGUGCUGGCCAUGGCUGUGUACUGUGGCCUUGCCCGACGCCUUCGUCUCUUCAUGCUAUUUCAGCCUUAUACCAGAGCGCUAUACAAGGGGGUUCGAUGGAGGUGGUAUGAUGAGGGUGGUCUAUGCAGCUGUGUGAGGGAAUGGAAUAAUCAUGUGAAGGCUUGGGUAUAAAGGCUUAUAAGACUGGUGCAACUCAUUUUUAAUUACUAUCUACAAUAAUGGUCCAUGGUAGGUGGCAAUGCUGAGACUAAGGACACAACAAGAUCAAGUGAACUUUUGGUCUAAUGGAAUCUGAUUCAGUAUAUUGAAACUAACACUGUAGUUUGCUGGACAGCCAGCCUCAUGCCCAUUGUAGCCUAAAGUUGUGGUAAUCUCAUUUUGAUGUAUAAUAUAUAACAUAGCAUAUACUUAUUUAUUUCUAUUUCCACUAAGUUAAAUAAUUUUACAUAUAUAUAAUAAUUAUACUUAAUUAUUAUGUAAUAAUUGUACAUUUACACUCACUUGCAGUGGGGGCCCCAUAUUCUCAUUAUGCCCAAAAGGCUCAACGGGGUUGUCAAAGAUUGCAACUUAUCACCUAUCCAGAGGAUAGGUGAUAAGUGUCUGAAUGGGGGCAGGGGGGUCUGACCAUGGGGACCCUCACCUAUCAUAAUAUAAAGCCUAUUGGUGUUCCGGAACAGGAUAACAGAGGACUUUUUGCCUUGCCAUUCUUGCCAUGGCUGAUCAUGUAGUAGAUGAGGUCCACCAAGGGGGAAGCUGUUGACUCUUUGCUCUGUUGCAUAGCGGAAGUUCCCAAGCAGUAGAUCCCAAUCUAUGACAUCCAUAUGUUCAAACUGGGCAAAGAGAUAAGGAUUGCCUUGAUGAUAUUUAAUUGUCUAUGAUGUACCAUAAAAACUUUAAUUCUUAAGUCUUAUAGGAGGACAUUUAUCAAACUUGUUACAUCUGGUUUUUGGUGUAAAAAUGUUGCACAACAUGAUGUUCUGUUCUUUUUCUGUGACAUUUCUGCACUAUUUCGGAGCCACGCCACUUUUCAAAAUGGUCUAUGUUUAAAAAGUGAGAUUAGAUCUGGAUUAUGGCACAUCUAUUCUGCGGCACUUGGAAACAGGGGCGGAUUGGGAACUUAAAGUGGCCCUGGAAAUAAUACUAAAAGUGGCCCUGUUUUGUAGUCGGGUCCAAAUUGAUGGAAGGCAGGGCCAGCAAUACUAUUUUGUGGC